AUGCUUCAUCUGAAUUCACCUGAAGGCCCAUCAACUAAUACAGAAAAUAUUGUAUGGAAAGUGUUAAUAUUUGACAAAUUUGGUCAAGAUAUUAUUUCCUCAAUUAUGCGUGUUAACGACCUUCGAGAGAAUGGUAUCACUGUUCACAUGCUAUUGUCACAAGACAGAUCUCCGUUACCAGACGUUCCAGCAGUUUAUUUCGUUGAACCUACUUCUGAAAACGUGAAGAAAAUUUGCGAGGAUUUAAACCGUAAUUUAUAUGAUUCUUAUUACAUUAACUUUUGCUCGACCAUACCCCGCCCUGUUUUAGAAGAAUUUGCGACGACAACAAUUACCGAUAAUACGUCAGAUAUGGUCAAUCAAGUUUUUGAUCAAUAUCUCAAUUUCAUUUGCACAAAUCCCAACGUAUUCUCUCUCAAUCAACCACAAACAUUUAUCAACUUAAAUAAUCCUACAGCAACAGAAUCUCUGAUUGAUGAGACUAUUGAUAAGACUGUAAAUGCUCUUUUCUCUGUCAUUGUCACUAUGGGGGUAAUCCCAAUUAUUCGCUGUCCUCGUGGAAAUGCAUCUGAAAUUGUUGCCAAUAAAUUGGACAGUAAAUUACGCGACCAUGUCAUGAACAGCAGGACCAAUUUAUUUUCAGAUAGUACAUCAUCCAACUUACAGCGUCCCGUAUUGAUCUUGUUAGACAGAAGUAUGGAUUUGACACCAAUGUUAAGUCAUUCGUGGACGUAUGAAGCACUUAUUCAUGAUGUACUUUCAAUGAAAUUAAACCGUAUCACUAUUGAAGCGAACGAGGGUGCUAAAAAAAGAAGUUAUGAUAUUGAAAAUAAGGAUUUCUUUUGGGCAAAGAAUGCUUCUAGUCCAUUUCCACAAGUAGCAGAGGAUAUUGACAUUGAAUUGAACAAGUACAAAAAAGAUGCUGCUGAAAUUACUGGUGCUAGUGGCGUUUCUUCUUUGGAAGAUGUUGGCAAUAUUGACAUGUCAUCAAACACGAAAUUAUUGAAAUCCGCUAUUAACGCCUUGCCUGAAUUAACUGCAAGAAAGGCAACCUUAGAUAUGCACAUGAACAUCGCAACUGCUUUAUUGAACGAUAUCAAGGACAGACAAUUGGAUAAUUUUUUCCAGAUUGAAGAAAGCAUCACUAGACAAAACAAGAAUACUUUACUAGAAACUAUUCGUGAUAUGGAAAAGAAAAACCCUGAGGAUAAAAUGAGACUAUUUUUGAUUUAUUAUCUCUCGACUGUAGAAGAAAUUUCAAAAGAUGACAUGGAAACUUACGAAAAUGCUUUAUCUGAGGCUGGCUGUGAUGUUGAACCAUUGCAUUAUAUUAAAUCAGUGCGUGCAUUAAUGAGAAUGACCUCCAUGAUCUCGUCACCACCUCAACCUCAAACCGGAUUUUCUCAAACUGACUUAUUCCGUGGAUUCAGUAGUAUUGGUAACAAGUUGUCUGACAGAUUAAAGGAAGGUGGUUUGGGCGGUGGGUUUGAGAAUUUAUUGUCUGGCGUCAAAAACUUAUUACCAACCCGUAAAGAAUUGGUUAUCAGUAAAAUCGUAUCUGAUAUCAUGACCCCUCCUCAAAAUGAAGCUACCAAAGUGAGCGAUUACCUCUAUUUCGAUCCAAAGGUUAGCAAAAACUCUAGAUCACCACGUCAGCACAAAGUCACUUUCCAAGAGGCUAUUGUAUUUGUUGUAGGCGGUGGUAACUAUGUGGAAUAUCAAAAUUUACAAGAGCUUGCUACACAAAAUAAUAGCAAGAAGAAAAUUACAUACGGUUCAACAGAUAUUUUAUCUCCCCAUCAGUUCUUGGGUCAGUUAGCUACGCUAGGAAGGGAAUCCUCGUUGGCUUAA